AUGACUGCAAGUCCUUAUGUGGUCGUAGGAGGAGGGACUGCAGGUCUCGCCAUUGCCUCGCGUCUUGCCGAAAACCGGAACAUCACCAUUGCAUUGGUUGAAGCAGGUGGCUUCUACGAGCAGGAGAACGGAAAUCAGUCUUUGACGCUUGGAGGCGGUUCUGCCCUCAAUGCAAUGCUAUACCAGCGUGGUACAAAUGGGUCCUAUCAACAAUGGGCCGACGCUGUUGGAGAUCAAACGAAUGCGUCACUUCCAGCAGCUCCAAACGGCUCUUUCAUAGCCACUGGCGAACCUCUCCAUGUGUCCUUUCCAAACACGGCGACCUCAUUUUCAACUUGGGCGCAACUGGGGUUCCGUGCGAUCGGAAUCGAGGACACUGAGGACUACUCGAGCGGAAGUCUGCUUGGUCAUAACAAAACCGCGACCGGUGUCCUGGUCAAAAGCCACGGGCUGUCAUACAUGCUCAAUGCCUCAAAAGAAGUUAUCCUCUCAGCCGGCGCAUUCCAAUCCCCUCAACUGCUCAUGUUCAGCGGUGCGGGACCUCAAGCGGAGUUCAACAAGCACAAUAUUACUUGCAUCGCUGAUCGCCCGGGAGUGGAACAAAACAUGUCGGACCACAUCACUUCUCCAGUCACUUACGAGAUCAAUUUGAACACGCUAUCCAGCCUCCAGUUCGCCGCCCGCGCUUCUUUGGAGUAUUUGGAAAAAAAGAUUGGCAUUCUGACCUCCCAGAACGCGGACUACCUUGCCUGGGAGAAGAUUCCCGCAAAUUAUUACAGCAACCUCACAUUAGAUGCGCAGGCUGAUCUUCCAGCUUUCUUCGCAGAUUGGCCUGACCUCGAAUACUUCGUCCUCAAAUUCAACGCCGCCAGACAGCUUCCGGCGGACGGGAACUUUGGCACACGUCAACCUGCACUCAUUACACCUAUAUCGCGCGGCAACAUUUCUCUCUCUUCCGCUUCUAUGGAUGAUGCCCCCCUGAUCAAACUAGGCUGGCUCACAAACCGGACCGACGUAGAGAUUACCAUUGUUGCCACUAGAAGAGCUAGAGAUUUCUGGGCAUCCGAUGCUAUGGAGAGAGUUACGAUCGGCGAGGAAGUUUUACCUGGUGCAUUCCUUCUCACCGACGCGCAGAUCGAGGUUUGGGCAAGAGAACAUGCGCAGACUGUGUACCAUGCCAGUUGCACCUGCAAGAUGGGUAGAUUAGGGGAUCCGAUGGCUGUUACAGAUAGCCGGGCGAGAGUCAUUGGAGUCAACAAUUUGAGGAUUGUGGAUGCUUCGACCUUUCCUCUGCUCCCGCAGGGACACACGCAAGCAACGAUUUACACAAUGCGCACUUCUCUCUCCCUCCUCGCCCUCACAGCCUGCCUCUCAGGAGCCGCGCUUGCCUUGCCGCAAGCCGUGAGCGGUACCACGUGCUCCGAUACCGGGGACUGCCUUCCCGCCGACGGUGGCCGAGUAUUCGCAGCAGUACCAAUGGCGGCCAUUCUCAAGCCAGCUGCAAGGCCAUCUAAAGCGCUGAAAGCUCCCGCCGGGUCCAAGGCCGUUAAGGCCCAAGCAAAGGCAUCUACAGCACCGAAGGCUCCCGCCGGUUCGAAGGCCGCUAAGGCCCAAGCAAAGGCAUCUACAGCACCGAAAGGCUCCCGCCGCUGCGGUGCGCCGGUCCUGACUAUUUUGAUUUCGAUGCCGAGAAUUGGAUUUGAUUGUGUGCUUUUGGAAGCCAAACCGCUAGCCACCCUUGCGGAGCGGCUUGCACUGGGCUAG